UCGGAUACAAACUAGUCGGAGGCCGGUCGUCCUUUCGUUCGCGUAUUUUUCAUCCGAAUUGUCCUCCCGUCGAUUUUCCACAUGCCGUCGUCCUUUCGUCCUGCAGCUCUUCUUCGUUUCGGAGUCCUGGCCUGCUUCAUCGUUGCCGGCUCUUGCGACGAACACGAAUACAGAUUAACGAAACAUUUGCUUGAUAAUUACGACGCGGGAGUCCGACCAGCCAAGAAUUCGUCACAGCCGCUUGUUGUCGUGUUCGGGCUCUCCCUCCAUCACAUUAUCGAUGUUGAUGAGAAGAAUCAGAUUCUAACAACGAACUGCUGGGUUACCCAGAUCUGGACGGAUCACCACCUCAAAUGGAACACUUCGGAAUUCGCAGGAAUUCGGGUAAUCAGGGUGCCGUACAACCGCGUUUGGCGACCGGACACGAUACUUUACAACAAUGCAGAUCCACAGUACAGCUCGGCAGUAAUAAAUACGAAUGUGAUAGUGAGCCACACCGGGGAAGUGGUUUGGUUGAGCCACGGAAUUUUUCGUAGUAGCUGCAACAUCGACGUGGAAUUUUUUCCCUUCGACGAGCAAAGAUGCGCUCUGAAAUGGGCGUCGUGGACGUACGAUGGAUAUCAGCUCGAGUUGGAGCGUCAGAGCGAGCAGGGUGACAUCAGCAACUAUCAAGCGAACGGCGAGUUCGACCUGCUUGACUUUUCAGCCCGAAGAAACAUCGAAUUUUAUUCCUGCUGUCCUGAGCCUUACCCGGAUAUUACAUACGAAAUAAGGCUCCGGCGGAGGCCGAUGUUUUACGUCUUCAAUCUCAUAUUGCCCUGCCUCCUGAUCAACGGAAUAGCACUUCUCGUGUUUUACGUGCCAUCCGAGUCAGGGGAGAAGGUCACCCUCGGAAUUUCAGCGCUUUUAUCGAUGACGGUUUUUUUAAUGACUAUCCGAGAGACUCUGCCGCCCACGGAAAAAACCCCACUCAUAAGUCUGUAUUACGGCGUAAGCAUCUGUCUCGUAUCGUUCGCCUCGGGUCUCGCAGUAGUGACUCUCAAUAUCCAUCAUCGGGGAGUACGAGGGACCAGGGUACCAGCCAUCGUCCGGUCGCUGGUACUCGACAAAUUGGCCAAAUUCGUCUUCCUCAACUUUCAGCAACAAGUAGCGAAGAACUCGAACCUCAACGCUUACGAAGACUCGUCCUCCGAAUCCUUGCGACGGAGAAAUAAUUGCCCUCUCCAUUGUUCAACGGAGUUUUCGUCCCAACAACAACCACAACACUCUUCACCGAAAUACGUGUCAGCCCGAAGGCACGGAAGCAACAACAGCAGCCCUAGUUUAGAUCUCGCGAGAGAAAAUAAUCUCGAAUCGCACUGGUCACGAAUCCUGGUGAGGGUGCACACAACGAUCGAUCGCAACGAGAGACGCCUCAUGGACCAGGAUAACCGUGAGAAAACGGAACUCGAGUGGAAGCAGGUCGCCCUUGUCAGCGACCGUGCACUCUUGUGCGUAUUUUUCUUCACAACGAUUAUCAGCACAGCUGUUAUACUGUGCGGCUCACCACCGGCUUCCGAAGUCACGAAAAAAGGUUAAAACGGAGCAGCUGCGUUUACGCGAACGAGUUCUCGCUCGAAGAAUAAUACGAAGUCGAGUGCGGCUGUGUCUGUCAAUUACAAUGAUUUUAAUAGUGUCAAGACAGCCCUGUGAAGGAUAACACCAUGGUGCGAUCCACGCCAAAUUUUAACUUUCGUGAUAUUUCAAUUACACUUCUAAUUCAUGAUAAUUCAUUAUUUUUCAUUUAUAUUGUUUUUCGGGAGCUCCGAAGUUUUGUAAACCGCAGGGAAUAAAAACGAAACGAAUGCAACCUUAA